AUGGAAAAACCAACAAGCAACCAAGCCAUGCAAGACUCGACGCCAUUGACGACUUUCGUCCAAGCUGAUACAAACACCUUCCGUGAGCUUGUUCAACGCCUAACUGGUUCAUCGGAUAGGGAUCAUGGAACAUCUAAGGUACCUAAUCAGUCAAACAAUAAUGCAGUUGCAACCAAUGAAGGUAUAACCACCAAAGUAAUAGGUGUGAAGAAACCAACAUUCAAACUGCAUGAGAGAAGGCAAUACUCCAAAACUAAACUGGAAGUUGUAAAUCCCGGUUUUCAAUUCAGACCAGGUUCACCGAUUUUGUCUCCAUCUAGACCUGGUUCGCAUAAAACAAAACUAGUCCCCUCCCCAGCAAAGGUAGCUAAUUAUAGUCCUAUUCCAAGCCCUUCACAGCCAUUUGCAAACUUAUCAAUCCUCGAAGAAAAAGCACUGCAGAACUCACCAUCUGAUGGUUUAAAAAAUGAGGAGGAAGAAGAGAAGGUAAUCCAAGAGAGGAGGUUUUAUUUGCAUCCUUCCUCGCGAUCUAGAACAAGUUCAGAACCAGAAUUGCUAACGUUGUUCCCACUUACAUCCCCAAAGUCUCACCAAACUUAA